AUGAAAUAAGAAAGAGUUGCACCUAAGCCUUAGUUCGGGAUUUUAAAGCAGCAAUAACCAUCCUUUCCAGAUGAUGUAUUGUCAUAUAACAGCAGCAAAUCGAUGAAGCUAUCAAACGAUGCAACACUUAAAGUUCGUUAUGAUCGAUUUGGAAAUGUCAUCGAUAAGGCAAGACGAGAUCAUUAGAUCUCCUUUAGAGAUAGAGUUACAAAACAAUAAAAGGUCUAUGACUUAUUCUUGUUUGAUUUGUUUAAAGUUGAAUAGUUGUAAAUUGAGAAUCGGAAAAAAUAAUAAAAUAAGGGUUGGUGUUGCUCGAUUUAAUGA